AUGGGUGCCAUAGUCACGAAUCUGGUGGCGCUGCCCAUUCUGGGGGUGGUCUCUAUUCCACUGAUCCUGUCGGCCUGGGUGACAAUCUGGCUGGCCCUGAUGACCCUCUUCGUCCGAUUUGCAGUGGUUUAUCUGGAAGUGGUCUACGGGCUGAUUAUCAGCUUCUUUACCCUUCCUUCGUCUAGUUCCUCGUUUCUCUCUUUCGCUGCUUCAGAACCUGUAACUCCGGCAGCAGGGAACUCCAGACGCAACUCGGCACAUGGUCUAGUCCAUCCGCGAAAGACCAAUGAUGACUCGCUAUCUUCCAGUCUCUGGACCAUCGACUCUGAGGAGAUGAGAAAGCAAGAUAUCCAGUCGUAUGCACGGAGUAUGGUUGAGGCGCAUCACUUGCCCAGCAGUACACCCUACCUGGGUCUCCCCGUCAGCGGCGAUGAAAGGCGAGACUUUGAAGGCGUGGGCGGUUGGAGGUCAUAUCGACACUCGUCAGAUACUUCAAGACCUCGCACAGCACAUUCAACGCAAGACAAGAGCUUCCACUCAGCAUCUACGUCGUCCACUCAAAGUCUAAACGGAGACUUUGAUGCCGAGGUGGAAGAUGUCGAUGCCGAUGAUUUAGCAUGGCUGUCAUUGAACCAUCGCCUAGAACUGCCAUCACGAGUUGUCAGGAUGGGAGACCAUUCAAGAUCUGCCUCGAGGGUGCACAGCCCACACAAUCUGGAUCGCAGCAACAACACCAGCGGAUUGAAUCUUCACGCUAUGAGCUGUCCACAUGCACAAUCUGCCAGGUCUCGUCAUUUCCAGUCACAGCCGGGUCGACGGCGUCACCAUCAUCGCUCUCAGACCACCUCGGCUCUGACGACAUCAGAACGGCGCACAGGAGACUUCCUCUCUCUUGCGCUUUCAAUUCGACCGGAGCUUGCGAAUCGAUUUCUGUCCCCGUCCACCUCGCGGAUUUCUCCUUUUACGACUUCACACCCAUUUUCAGUAACGCAAACGCGGUCCGCGGCACGUAUGCCCUCUGCACAUGGCGCCUCCGGCUCGGGUGCCUUUUUUUCUAGCUCGGCGAAUGCGGCCAGUUCUUCGUCUCCAGGCGGCCAUGUUGCAGGUGUCGGACACGGGUCACAUGGUUACUUUACCCUGCAACAGGCCGAGAAUGGAGUCGAUCAAGCGUCCCCCAUUUCAAUUGUAUCCACACCAAGUGAAAGUGGCAGCGCAACACCUUGCACGGCUGUAUCUAAUGAAGAUCGAGACGCCUCGUCGCUUGGCCAUACGAGUUUAAUGGCCCACUAUCCCACCAGUGUGAGGCAUCGUCGGCGCAGCAUUGCGGGGCCUCAUUCGCGGGUCAACACCUUUUUGUGA